GGCCACAAAGAGAAGUGGUUUCAAUAUACAAUGAUAAUUUUUCCACCCCAUCAUCCAGACCUCAAUAUUUCAUUGAAGUUUAUCGCUGUGUUAAAAUUGAGGUGGGCGAAUGCUCCAGUGACAGUGAAGGGUAUCCCGUGCCAAACAAAACGGAAGAAAUUGAGAUAGUGGUCCCGGAUAUAACAAACAAAGAUCGGGAUCCAAACAAUGAAAAGAAGUUUUAUAAAUAUGUAGUUUAUAAUCACACGUCUUGCAAAUGUGGGAACUUGACAUACAGGAACAAGAAAUUGUACAAAACCAUAACUGAUAACGAAGGUUAGUCCAACUUGUCGUGAGUAAUACCAACCUAAAAUGAACAUGCAUGCUUUGUAAUUAAUUUUUUUACUUUCGUUAUGGUCAUAACUUAUCCAUAAAACUUAUUUCAUAUAGGUUGAUGACAAUAUGGGGGAAUACGGGAACAUGCAGAUAUGGUUAGCGCGCUCUCCCAUAAGCUUAUCACUGAGUUACACUUGCUAGAUUGAAUGUAAGGUUAGGGUAUCACAACUUGAUGGGCAACCGUCGUCCGACUUGACGUGCUUGAAAACGCAUGUAAAGCCCGUUUUCCUCCAGGCAAAUUUGUUCGCGCGAACCUACUUUUUUAAGUUAUGUUUACGUUAUAUAGAAUCUGUUUUUUCGUCGUUUUUGCGAUACAUUAGGGCCCGAGUGCAAACAGCUUCUGCCCCCACACUUCCAUGUCUUCGUGUUUUCUUGUAUAUAGUUUUUAAAUAUAUAGCAAAAAUCAUUUGAAAGAGUGAGCUUAGUUCUUUCCUGUACAUCGAAGGAUUUCUCCAGGAUCUCUGGUCGAGUUUUUCUCUCUCACCACAAAGAACCAUUCUACCUUAGCUGUACUCCGUGGCGGCAACCCGAGGCGCAUUAGUCAGCCUUCGCGAUUGCGUCCUUCGUAUUUCAGGUUUCAGCUGCAAGGAAAUAUUACACCGUAACUUUAAUCUGUGUGAAUUUUUCUUGCAGUGACAGAAGUAUAUUUCAAUGUGAGCUAUGCAAAUAAUCCAGACAAUCUGGUACGUCAGUGUAAUGUUUGCAACAGUCCUCAACCGAGAUAUAAUCUCAUCCACGAGCAUGUCGAAGCUUUACCACAAUUUAAAUAUCUGGCGUACCAACAGUGCUUGCCUGGCUGCGUGGUGGUAGAAAAGAACGCAUCUGUUAAGAAAAUUAAAUUCACAAGUGAUGAUGGCGCGAAAAUUGUCAACUUUACAAAUUAUAUUUCGUGCAAGGCUUAUGAUGGAAGAAACGCUGGAACACAACAAAUCCAAAACAAAAUCUACAAGGAUCCUCAGAAGAUCCGCUUCGCUUGA